AUGCCCAGUCAGCACGAGCCAAUUACAAUCGGAUCUAAAGCGCGGAUCGUGCGUCAAAACUCAAAACCGUGCGAAGAACGCUCGCGUUGCCGACGCAGCCGCCGCGCCGCCGUCGACCGAGAGGGAGAGAGGAGAGAAAAAAACCGCGCGUACCGCGUAAAAUAAAACAAUUUGUAUAGCCGGAGGACAGGAACGGUAGGGAGGAAAAAAAAAAUCACAAUACUACAAAAGUAUUUAUUGUUGUCUUUUUUUUUUUUUUCAUUUUUCGCGCUCGCGUUAAUUCGCCACGGUGUUUAUACGCGACUACCGCACGCCAUCCGCGGCGUGAAAAAAACGACCAAAUAAUAAUAAUAAUAAUAAUAAUAAACGUAUAUAUUUUAUCAACGCACAUAUAUAUAUAUAAAUAUUUUUACACAGUUGAUUUGUGUUCUGCGCUUUCAAAUAAUGGAAAUUUUUUUUCCCCCUACAUUCUAUAGGUCAAAGAACACAAACGACACCAAUUAUUUUGCGGUUCGCGGAGAAAACGGUUUUUUCCUCUACCACAACACUACGCGUACCUGCCUGCCUGCCUGCCUGUAUAUAUACCUGUAUAUAGGUAACUACUGUACGGUCGUAUUAUGUUCAAUUGAAAAAACGUCAAUAAUUUAUGUGGUGUGUAUAAGUGCGGGGAAAUAAUCGUUUUACACUAUUCGGAUGCUUUAAUUCGUAGUGAAAAAAAAUAAUAAUAAAAUAAUAAUAAAAAUAAUGACCCUAGUUACAUUAUGGAGUAUUGUUCAUUGUGUUCGGUAGAAAUUACGUGCUAUUUAUUUCGACGGCCCGUAAAAAAAAAAAAUAAAAAAAAAAACAAGAUAAAUACAUUCGGUGGAAAAAAAAUAUUACAUUUAUUUUCAUUUACCACAAUAAUGUAUAAUGAUGGAUUUGUAUCGAUAUGAUUCGGAUCAAUGAAUUAAAUUUUUUAGAUCAAGCCACGCCUAAUUCUAUAGAUACUACAGUGUAUUAUAAUACGAUGCAUCGCUCAUCUUGUGCCGUUGUAGUUUUGGUAAUAAUUUCGUUUCAUUUAACAUCAUCAUUAUUGUGGUUGGACAUAGCCAAUUUCUGGGUAUAUGCGGAAAAUCGGAGGGGGCGAGCUUGGGGUGGCUAAGCUCUCUCAAAACGUAGAAACAGAGAAAUUAACCCCCUCAAAUAUACUAAGUGUAAAGUGGUCAAUAUAGUCACCUGUUACUACUAUAAAAUAUAAAACAUAAUAUAGUAUGCCUCAAUUUAUAUUGCAAUAAGUACUGUUGGAACGCGAACAAGAAACAUAAAAUGUUACAAAAAAAUCUAUCUACACUAUACAAUUUAGUACCUAUAUUUGAGGCGUCAUUUGAUGCAUUCAGACAAUACUGUGGCAGCCCUAGAUUAUUAAAUAUUUUUUUUUUUUUUUUUUUUUUUUUUUGGCCCGCAUAAAAGUAUAUUGUAAUUGGGCCGUUCGUUGUUGAUAAAAUGUAAAAGAGCCACUGUCAAUGGCCGCCUCUACCGGAACCCGAUUGUCUGUGAUGUGAGAAUGAGACAUAGGGAAUUUUACCACGGUUAAUUGUUAAAUUAUUUUAUGCAUAUCAUCAAAAUAACAAUGCGCGUCAAAACUCACGUUAUCGUAGUUUAGUAGGUAUCAAUAUUAUUGCAAUGCGACGAAAUUUAAUAUUUUAAUAUUAAAAUGUUAAGCUGGUAAAACAAAUAUAAGCGAGCGAAGCGAACGGAAAAUGUUCAGGAAAAAUGGGCCCGAUUCAAUUAAUGUUUGCAUCGCCUUAUUGAAAUAUUGAAAUGACGCGCCUGCGUUAUUAUAACCAAAUAUUUUUGUUUUUCUUUAUAAUCUUUAUAACGCAAUCUAUCUAUCUAUCUCUCUCUCUCUCUCUCUCUCUCUCUCUCAUAGUUAUCAGUUCGUUUUUUUACACGACUAUGGUCGAAACGGAAUACGGUUAGUACCUGUAAUUAAUACAUUCACUAAAACACAAUUGUGUACGUUCGUUAUCGGUGAUAUCUUUUUAAGCUAUACGAUUGCGUACGAAGAAUUAAGCGUUGUUGCUAAUUUUUAUGCCAGUAUAUACCACACGACUACGCGAGUGAACUAAAAAUAGUUUAUAAAUACUUUUAAUUUUACGCACUUCUAUAACCAUUAAGCUUUAAUUACCUACGUUUAUUUAUUAAUUUUUAGUGCUAGUAAAAAUGGAUCUGAAAGCUUUCAUAGUAUUUAUAACGGACGAUUGCAUAGGGCUCAUCCUCCAAAACAUGUUGCCAUUCAAAUACUAAAAUAAAUUCAAAUACAGAGAAGAUCGAUUAUACAAUCGAUUAAUAAUGGGAGAACAAAAAAAGACUUAAAUAUAACUCAACACAAUGUAAACGCUUAUUAAAGCUGAAUCAAACUUUAAUCCCACAAAAAGAUUCAGCAAAAUAUCUUGGAAUGCAUCUUAACUCUCGUUUAAACUGGAAACAUCAUGUCCGUCAGAAAAAAAUACAAAUUAAAGAAAAAAUGCGAAAGCUCUAUUGGUUAGUUGGACCCCACUUUGAGUUAACUAUAGAAAACAAACGUAUACUAUAUGUAGCUAUUAUAAAACCAAUUUGGACCUAUGGCAUUCAACUGUGGGGUUGUACUAGUAAGUCUAACAUUGAUAUAAUACAACGUUGCCAAAACAUCGCUCUUCGGACUAUCACUGCAGCCUACCGGUUUGAAAGAAACGAUACCAUUCACCGCGAUAUGAUGCUGCCUACAAUAGCAGAAGAAAUCCAAAAGUUUGCUCGUAAACACGAGAGGAGAUUAGAGGACCAUAUCAACCCAAUGGCNUCUGAAACCAUACGACUUAGUUUAAGUGUUUAA